CACACACACAAACACAGACACUUACAGCCUCUUGAAGAGCUGCGGCAAUUAGCGCUAUGAACUCACAGAAGGGCGAUCCACUGCUGCAGGUGGCCAAAUGCGAGAUGUGCCCCCUGAAGGUGACAAACUUUGUGGUCGGCCUCUGCGAGCGCUGCGUUGCGAUUUGGACGAGCAAGGGGACAUUGGAGACGAUGAACAUAACCAUUGACCAGGUGAGGGCGACGAUUGUCAGCAUGAGCCAUAGCCAGCUGAGACAUCAGAACAUGAGCCUAGUGUUUCGGCGGGUCAUCGAGAAGGAGCACAAACGCCGCAAGCUGAAAGUGGAUCUCUUUCAGAAGCUGCGCGAGAAGUUUCAGGACGGCAUUCUGCUGCCAGAGCUCGAGGCAUGCGAGCAGAGCAAAAUCAAUGUCGUCGACCACAAUUAUGAGUUGAUGCUGCCCGACCAGGACCUGGAACCGCUGCGCAGUCUGCGUAGUAGUAAACGAUAUUGA